UGUGGAGGUGUCUAUGUGGCAGAAGAAGGUCAUUUCUCCUCUCCAGGAUUUGCCAGUGCAACCGGCUAUCCUCCCAACCUGAAUUGUACAUACAAAAUCCAACCCUCUGCACACCACAAUCUUAUCAACCUUCACUUCGUUCAUUUCCAUCUGGAGGUGCCAGGUGUUGGUUCUAGGCAGCCUAACAACCUUUCAGAAUAUGACAACCAGACGUGUUGGUCAGAUUACCUUGUGCUAAUAACCUCAACAGAGCCUGGGGAGAGUGCCACACGAGCCAGCUCCUCGCAUGCCGGGUUAUUUUCCUCCGGUAGACGGUGGUGUGGCGAAGAGCUGGCCGGACUACAGGUGACGUUCUCCAACGUCGAUGAGAUUUUGAUCCAUUUCGUCUCGGACGGCUCGAUCUCAGCUCCGGGGUUCUUGAUAUCCUACGCUUCCUCAUUCUGCGGUUGGGUCAAUAAUCAAUCCCGUGGAGGCGCAAUCCAAACGCCAAACUUUCCGUCACCCUACCAUGCAUUUGCUGAUUGUAUAUGGACAAUCAUUGCCCCCGAGGCUCCUGUCUUAAACCCAUCCGCAGCUGGUAUGGGCCUGUUCAACAAUCGACUCAUGGCUUACUUAAAAACGUUUAUUUUAGAACAAUUGGCUAAACUGUUGGACCUGGUCACUAAGCCAUCUUCCUAA